GAAGGGUCCCCCCAAGAGUCCAGGGCUGCUGAGGGCUGUUUACCCUGCCUGAGACACUUCCUUUAUUGGGGUCGGGACUGAGCAGGUUCAGAGGUGUAACAGCCACCACAAGCCACCACGCUCCCCAGCUUCCUGGAUGAUGCCAGCUCGAUGCGCCCUAACGUCUGUCCUCGCUCUCCUGGUGUUGCUGGGCAGAGCCGGAGCAGGCCCUUUCUCUCCUCGGUCCAAUGUGACCCUCCCGGCCCCACGGCCCCCUCCCCAGCCAGGGGGCCCUUCUUCUCAGCUGUAUGAGCACAUUGUGGAAGGAGGGGAGAAGCAGGUGGUAUUCACCCACCGCAUUAACCUGCCCACUUCGGCUGGCUGUGGCUGUCCCCCAGGCACUGAACCCCCGGUGCCUGCUUCUGAGGUGCAGGCCCUGAAGGUCCGGCUGGAGAUCCUGGAGGAGCUGGUGAAGGAGCUCAAGGAACAUUGCUCAGGAGGGUGCUGUCCCACGGCUGCGCAGGCUGGCACGGGCCAGACCGACGUGCGCAGCCUCUGCAGCCUCCACGGUGUCUUCGACCUGAGCCGCUGCGCCUGCUCCUGCGAGCCUGGCUGGGGUGGACCCACCUGCUCAGACCCCAGCGAAGUUAAGACGCCCACCUCGUCCCCGCCCUCAGCCUCCAAGGCCUGUCCGGACGACUGCAACGACCAGGGUCGCUGCGUCCGAGGCCGCUGCGUGUGCUUCCGCGGCUACAGCGGCCCCAGUUGUGGCUGGCCCUCUUGCCCCGGAGAUUGCCAGGGGCGCGGGCGCUGCGUGCAGGGUGUGUGUGUGUGUCGCGCUGGCUUCUCGGGCCCCGACUGCAGCCAGCGUUCCUGCCCUCGCAACUGCAACCAGAGAGGACGCUGCGAGGAAGGGCGCUGCGUGUGUGACCCCGGCUACUCUGGUGAGGACUGUGGGGUGCGAAGCUGUCCCCGGGACUGCAACCAGAAGGGUCGAUGCGAGAACGGACGCUGCGUUUGCAACCCCGGCUACUCUGGUGAGGACUGUGGGGUGCGGAACUGCCCUCGGGGCUGCAGUCAGAGGGGCCGCUGUGAGGACGGCCGCUGCGUGUGCGACCCAGGCUACAGCGGUGAAGACUGCGGCGUGCGGAGCUGCCCAUGGGACUGCGGCGAGGGAGGGCGCUGCGUGGACGGCCGCUGCGUGUGCUGGCCCGGGUACUCCGGCAAAGACUGCAGCACGCGGACGUGCCCGCGUGACUGCAAUGGCCGUGGCCGCUGCGAGGACGGGGAAUGCAUCUGUGACGCGGGCUACAGCGGCGACGACUGCGGUGUGCGGAGCUGCCCCGGGGACUGCAACCAAAGGGGCCACUGCGAGGACGGCCGCUGCGUGUGCUGGCCCGGGUAUACAGGGGCGGACUGCAGCGCGCGCGCCUGCCCGAGGGACUGCAGGGGCCGAGGGCGCUGCGAGGAUGGCGUGUGCGUGUGCCACGCGGGCUACAGCGGCGAGGACUGCGGGGUGCGCAGUUGCCCCGGGGACUGUCGCGGCCGGGGGAGCUGCGAGAACGGCCGCUGCGUGUGCUGGCCCGGGUACACAGGCCGGGACUGCGGCACGCGCGCCUGCCCUGGUGACUGUCGCGGGCGCGGGCGCUGCGUGGAUGGCCGCUGCGUGUGUAAUGUGGGCUUCGCUGGUGAGGACUGCGGGAGCCGUCGGUGCCCUGGGGACUGCCGCGGACAUGGCCACUGCGAGGACGGUGUGUGCGUGUGCAACGCAGGCUACUCUGGUGACGACUGCAGCACGCGCAGCUGUCCCGGCGGCUGCAGGGGCCGCGGCCGGUGCCUGGACGGGCUCUGUUUGUGCGAUGAUGGCUACACGGGCGAGGACUGUGGCGUGAGACGGUGCCCGCGCGACUGCAGCCAGCAGGGCGUGUGCCAGGAUGGCUUGUGCGUGUGCCACCCGGGCUACGCGGGCGAAGACUGUAGCAUCCGUACCUGCCCGGCCGACUGCCACCGGCGCGGCCGCUGUGAGAAUGGGCGCUGUGUGUGCGACCCGGGCUACACAGGCCCGGCCUGCGCCACUCGCACCUGCCCAGCUGAUUGUCGUGGCCGUGGGCGCUGUGUGCAGGGAGUGUGCCUGUGCUACGCCGGCUACAGUGGUGAGGACUGUGGGCAAGAGGAGCCUCCCGCCAGCGCCUGCCCCGGAGGCUGUGGCCCACGGGAACUGUGCCGUGCAGGCCAAUGUGUGUGUGUCGAGGGCUUCCGAGGCCCAGACUGUGCCAUCCAGACAUGCCCAGGUGACUGUCGCGGCAGGGGAGAGUGUCUCCAGGGCAGAUGCGUCUGUCAAGAAGGCUAUGCUGGGGACGACUGUGGGGAAGAGGUGCCAGCCAUCCAGAACAUGAGGAUGCAUCUCCUGGAGGAGACGACGGUCCGGACAGAGUGGACCCGGGCUCCUGGUCCUGUGGAUGCCUAUGAAAUCCAGUUUAUCCCCACGACUGAGGGGGUGAGUCCACCAUUCACAGCUCGGGUGCCCAGCUCUGCCUCAGCCUAUGACCAGAGAGGACUGGCCCCUGGUCAGGACUACCAAGUCACCGUCCGCGCUCUACGAGGGACCAGCUGGGGUCCUCCUGCCUCUAAGACCAUCACUACCAUGAUCGAUGGUCCUCAGGACCUCCGAGUGGUAGCCGUGACUCCAACCACACUGGAUCUCAGUUGGCUGCGCCCCCAGGCUGAGGUGGACCGAUUUGUGGUGUCCUACGUCAGUGCCGGCAACCAAAGGGUGCGCCUGGAAGUUCCCCCUGAGGCAGAUAGGACUCAGCUAACCGACCUGAUGCCAGGCGUGGAGUACGUGGUGACUGUCACCGCAGAACGAGGCCGUGCAGUCAGCUACCCGGCUUCUAUCAGGGCAAACACAGGGUCCUUACCCUCUGGCCUCUUGGAGGCUACCGAUGAGCCUCCUCCCUCGGGCCCCUCUCCGACCCAGGGGGCCCAGGCCCCUAUCCUGAUCAUGGAGCGUCACCCGCGGGGAGAGUUGAAGGUGCUGGGCAGAAACAAGGCAGGGCGUCUCCGUGUGGCCUGGACUGCCCAGCCCGACACCUUUGCUCACUUCCAGCUGCGCAUGCAGGUGGCCGAGGGGCCCUGGGCGUACGAAGAACUGCUACCAGGAGACGCCCACCAGGCUCUGGUGCCCCCGCCCCCUCCCGGAGCCCCUUACAAGCUGUUCCUCCAUGGGAUCACCCCUGGGGGCAAGCCCUCUGUUCCCAUCACCUACCAAGGCAUUAUGGACAGGGCUGAGGAGCAGCCUGGGAAGCCAUCGGUCCUACCACGGCUGGGUGAGCUGACGGUGACUGACCUGACUUCUGACUCCCUGCUCCUGCACUGGACUGUCCCUGAGGGGGAGUUCGAGUCCUUUGUGAUCCAGUACAAGGACAAAGAUGGGCCCCAGGUGAUACCUGUGGAGGGACCCCAGCGCUCAGCACCCAUUACAUCCUUGGAACCGGGGCGCAAGUACAGAUUUGUUCUGUAUGGGCUCGUUGGCAAGAAGAGGCAUGGCCCUUUGGUGGCUGAAGCCAAGAUCUUGCCUCAGAGUGACCCCGACCCAGGAUCUCCACCCCGUCUGGGAGAGUUGUGGGUAACAGACCCCACCCCCGGAUUCUCUGCACUCUCUUGGACUGUUCCUGGGGGCCAGUUUGACUCCUUCAUGGUCCAGUACAGAGACAAGGAAGGACGGCCCCUUGUGGUGCCAGUGGAGGGGCCUGAGCUGUCAGUGGUGAUCUCCCCACUGGAUCCCAAUCACAAGUACAGAUUCACUCUGUUUGGGAUUGCCAAUAAGAAGCGGUAUGGGCCCCUCACUGCUGAUGGCACUACCGCCCCAGACAGGAAAGAGGAGUCCUCUGAGCAGCCUCUCCUGGGGGAACUGACGGUGACUGGCGUGACCCCAGACUCCCUGCAUCUGUCCUGGACCGUGGCCCAGGGCCCCUUCGACUCCUUUGUGAUCCAAUACAAGGAUGCUCAGGGGCAGCCCCAGACUGUGCCCGUCGUGGGGGAUGAGAAUGAGGUCACUGUCCCUGGCCUGGAGUCCAACAGGAAGUAUAAGAUGAACCUCUACGGGCUUCGUGGCAGGCAGCGUGUGGGGCCCGUGUCUGUGGUGGCCAAAACGGCCCCACCACACAUUGUGGGUCAGCCCCCCAGCCCCCCAGAGCCCAGCACAGAGGCCCCAGAGCCCCUCAAGAAGCCGCGUCUAGGAGAGCUGACCUUGACAGACACCACCCCUGACUCCCUGAGCCUCUCCUGGACAGUCCCGAAGGACAGGUUUGACCACUUCCUGAUCCAGUACAGGAACGGGGAUGGGCAGCCCAAGGUGGUGCGGGUGCCAGGACACGAGGACCAGGUCACCAUCCCCGGCCUGGAGCGGAACCACAAGUACAAGAUGAACCUGUAUGGCAUCCACAGUGGCCAGCGUGUAGGCCCCAUGUCUGUUGUCGGAGUGACGGCUGCAGAGGAAGAGCCCCCCAGCCCCACAGAGCCCAGCACAGAGGACCCAGAGCCCCCUGAGGAGCCGCUCCUGGGAGACCUGACUGUCACAGCAUCGUCCCCAGACUCCCUGGGCCUCUCCUGGACCGUCCCCCAGGGAGACUUUGACUCCUUCAGUGUCCAGUACAAGGACAGUGCUGCGCCCCAGGUGGUGCGUGUCGGGGGCCAGGAGGAGGCCAUCGUGAGAGACCUGGAGCCUGGGCGCAAAUACAAGUUGAACCUGUAUGGACUGCAUGAUGGCCAGCGUGUGGGCCCCUGCUCUACCAUUUCUGUCUCAGACUCACAACCAGAAGAACCCUCUCCGGCCACUGAGCCCCCGCUUGAAGCCCGUCUGGAGGAGUUGACAGUGACGGGUGUGACCCCCAAUUCUGUGAGCCUCUCAUGGAUGGUCCCUGAUGGACAGUUCGAUUCCUUCAUGGUCCAGUACAAGGACAGGGACGGGCAGCCGGAGGUGCCUGUAGCUGCUAACCAGCGCGAGGUCAAUCUCGACUUGGAUCCUGCAAGAAAAUACAAGAUGAAACUUCUACGGCUCCAUGGCAGACGACGUGUGGGCCCCCUCUCUGUGUUGGCAAUGACAGCCCCAGAUCCAGCCACUGAGACCUCCCAAGCUGGUAGUCACUCUUGGGAGAGCGGAAGUGCCAGAGGUGACCCCGAGUCCGUGGGCCUCGUGUGGACUGUCCCUGAGGGUGAAUUCGACUCCUUCGUGGUUCAGUACAAGGACAGGGAUGCCAGCCCCAAGUGGUGCCUGUGGCAGUCCGACCAACGGGAGGUCACCAUCUCAGGCCUGGAGCCCUCCCGCAAGUACAAGUUCCUGCUCUUCGGGGUCCAAGAUGGGAGACGGCACAGUCAGGUCUCUGUGGAGGCAAAGACAGGUGAAGACUCCGCCAGCCCAGGGGUCCUUCCGCGCCUUGGGGAGCUGUGGGUGACGGACCCCACGACGGAUUCCCUGCGCCUGUCCUGGACAGUCCCCGAGGGCCACUUUGACUCUUUCCUGGUCCAGUUCAAGGACAAGGGUGGGCCUCGGUUGCUACCAGUAACGGGUCAAGAGCGCACAACCACCGUCACAGGCCUGGAUGCGGGCCGCAAGUACAGAUUCCUCCUCUAUGGGCUUCAGGGAAAGAAGCGUUUUGGCCCCCUCUCCACAGGAGGGCACCACAGUCCCCCCUCAAAACCUCGCCUAGGGGACGAACUGCAGGUGACUAGUGUGACCCAAGACUUCCGUGGGACCUCUCCUGGACAGUCUCCGAGGGGCCAGUUUGAUUCCUUCGUUGUCCAGUACAAAGACAGGGACGGGCAGUCCCAGGUGGUGCCCGUGGAGGGCAGCCAUCGGGAGGUCAGGGUCUCUGGUCUAGACCCAGGCCGCAGGUAUAAGCUGCUUCUCUAUGGCCUCCGCGAAGGCAAGCGUGUGGGUCCCCUUUCUGUCAUCGCUAUGACUGGCCCCAAAGAAACAACAGAAGCUUGGACAGAGGUCCCCACGACUUCAGCUCCCGCAGUUUACCCCCGCUUCGGGAGAUGAGAGUGGAGGAUGGCCACACCUACAGGCCGCAUCUUCUCCUGGGUGGUGACAGAAGGGGUAUUUAACUCCUUCGAGGUUCAGUACACUGACAGAGAUGGGCAACUCAAAGUGGUCAAUACAGAAGGUGACCAGACUGAUAUCACCCUUACUGGUCUGGAAUCUGACCACAGAUACCUGGUGACCCUGUAUGGUUUCCAUGAUGGGCAGCGUGUGGGCCCUGCUCAAAUGAGAGCAGGCGAAGUUCCCGCGGUCAUUCUCCUCUCUCCGUGGUCCAGUGCGGCGUGGAGGAGGAGCCCCACAGAACCACCUACCAUGACUCCCGAGCCUAAGCCACACCUGGGCGAGGCUGACGUGACAGAUGCAACCCCUGACUCCCUGAGCCUCUCCUGGGACAGUCCCCGAAGGGGACAGUUUGACCAAUUCGUGAUCCAGUACAAGAACGGGGAUGGGCAGCCCAAGGUGGUGCGUGUCGGGGGCCAGGAGAGGGAGGCCAUCGUGAGAGACCUGGAGCCUGGGCGCAAAUACAAGAUGAACCUGUAUGGACUCCAUGAUGGCCAGCGUGUGGGCCCAGUGUCCACCGUGGGCGUGGACAGGCAAGAGCCACUCAACUCCUCAUCCCUGAAGCCCGCUUGGGGGAACUGACCCGUGACAGAUGCCACCCCUGUCCUGAGCCUCUCAUGGACAGUCCCCGAAGGACAGUUUGACAAUUCGAUCCAGUACAAGAACGGGGAUGGGCAGCCCAAGGUGGUGCGGGUGCCAGGGCACGAGGACCAGGUCACCAUCCCCGGCAUGGAGCGGACCACAAGUACAAGAUGAAACCUGUAUGGCAUCCACAGUGGCCAGCGUGUAGGCCCCCAUGACACCUGCGGGGACCCUGCUCACCUGUCUGUCCCCUUCUCAGCUGCAGAGGAAGAGACCCCCAGCCCCACAGAGCCCAGCACAGGCCCAGAGCCCCCUGAGGAGCCGCUCCUGGGAGACCUGACUGUCACAGCAUCGUCCCCAGACUCCCAGCUCUCCUGGACCGUCCCCCAGGGAGACUUUGACUCCUUCAGUGUCCAGUACAAGGACAGUGCUGGGCGGCCCCAGGUGGUGCGUGUCGGGGGCCAGGAGAGGGAGGCCAUCGUGAGAGACCUGGAGCCUGGGCGCAAAUACAAGAUGAACCUAUAUGGACUCCAUGAUGGCCAGCGUGUGGGCCCCGUGUCCACCGUGGGCAUGACCGAUCCAGAGGAGGAGACCAUGACCACACAGGUGGUGCCCACCACAACCCCUAAGAAACCCAUCCUGGGCGAGCUGACCGUGACAGAUGCCACCCCUGACUCCCUGAGCCUCUCCUGGACAGUCCCCGAAGGACAGUUUGACCAAUUCGUGAUCCAGUACAAGAACGGGGAUGGGCAGCCCAAGGUGGUGCGGGUGCCAGGGCACGAGGACCAGGUCACCAUCCCCGGCCUGGAGCCGGACCACAAGUACAAGAUGAACCUGUAUGGCAUCCACAGUGGCCAGCGUGUGGGCCCCGUGUCUGUUGUCGGGGUGACGGCUGCAGAGGAAGAGACCCCCAGCCCCACAGAGCCCAGCACAGAGGCCCCAGAGCCCCCUGAGGAGCCGCUCCUGGGAGACCUGACUGUCACAGCAUCGUCCCCAGACUCCCUGAGCCUCUUCUGGACCGUCCCCCAGGGAGACUUUGACUCCUUCAGUGUCCAGUACAAGGACAGUGCUGGGCGGCCCCAGGUGGUGCGUGUUGGGGGCCAGGAGAGGGAGGCCAUCGUGAGAGACCUGGAGCCUGGGCGCAGAUACAAGAUGAACCUGUAUGGACUCCAUGAUGGCCAGCGUGUGGGCCCUGUGUCCACCGUGGGCGUGACGGAGGAGGAGACCAUGACCACGCAGGUGGUGCCCACCACAACCCCUAAGAAACCCAUCCUGGGCGAGCUGACCGUGAUAGAUGCCACCCCUGACUCCCUGAGCCUCUCCUGGACAGUCCCCGAAGGACAGUUUGACCAAUUCGUGAUCCAGUACAAGAACGGGGAUGGGCAGCCCAAGGUGGUGCGGGUGCCAGGGCACGAGGACCAGGUCACCACCGGCCUGGAGCCGGACCACAAGUACAAGAUGAACCUGUAUGGCAUCCACAGUGGCCAGCGUGUGGGCCCCGUGUCUGUUGUCGGGGUGACAGCUGCAGAGGAAGAGACUCCCAGCCCCACAGAGCCCAGCACAGAGGCCCCAGAGCCCCAUGAGGAGCCGCUCCUGGGAGACCUGACUGUCACAGCAUCGUCCCCAGACUCCCUGAGCCUCUCCUGGACCAUCCCCCAGGGAGACUUUGACUCCUUCAGUGUCCAGUACAAGGACAGUGCUGGGCAGCCCCAGGUGGUGCGUGUCGGGGGCCAGGAGAGGGAGGCCAUCGUGAGAGACCUGGAGCCUGGGCGCAAAUACAAGAUGAACCUGUAUGGACUCCAUGAUGGCCAGCGUGUGGGCCCUGUGUCCACUGUGGGCGUGACGGAGGAGGAAGUUACGACCACACAGCUGGUGCCCACCACAACUCAUGAGCCUCCUCCUAAGAAGCCACGUCUAGGAGAGCUGACCGUGACAGACGCCACUCCUAACUCCCUGAGCCUCUCCUGGACAGUCCCCGAAGGACAGUUUGACCACUUCCUGAUUCAGUACAGGAACGGGGAUGGGCAGCCCAAGGUGGUGCGGGUGCCAGGGCACGAGGACCAGGUCACCAUCCCCGGCCUGGAGCCGGACCACAAGUACAAGAUGAACCUGUAUGGCAUCCACAGUGGCCAGCGUGUGGGCCCCGUGUCUGCUGUUGGGGUGACAUGUGAAGACCCCAGCCCCACAGAGCCCAGCACAGAGGCCCCAGAGCCCCCCGAGGAGCCGCUCCUGGGAGACCUGACUGUCACAGCAUCGUCCCCAGACUCCCUGAGCCUCUCCUGGACCGUCCCCCAGGGAGACUUUGACUCCUUCAGUGUCCAGUACAAGGACAGUGCUGGGCAGCCCCAGGUGGUGCGUGUCGGGGGCCAGGAGAGGGAGGCCAUCGUGAGAGACCUGGAGCCUGGGCGCAGAUACAAGAUGAACCUGUAUGGACUCCAUGAUGGCCAGCGUGUGGGCCCUGUGUCCACCGUGGGCGUGACUGCGCCCCUGCCCACAGAGCCCCCCAUAGAGCCCCGCCUGGGGGACCUGGCUGUGGCAGAUGUGACUUCCAGUACUGUGCGCCUGUCUUGGACCGUGGCCCAGGGCCCCUUCGACUCCUUCCUCGUCCAGUACAAGGAUGCCCAUGGGCAGCCCCAGACGGUACCUGUGAGCAGAGACCUGAGUGAGGUCACCGUCUCAGGUCUGGACCCGGCCCGCAAGUACAAAUUUCUCCUCUUUGGACUCCAGGGUGGAAAGCGCCAUGGCCCUGUUUCCGUAGAUGCAAAAACUGUGGCUUCCUCUCCUCUCCAUCCAGACACAAAGCUCCUUCCUCGUCUUGGGGAGCUGACGAUGACAGACGUGACCCAGAACUCUGUGGGUCUCUCCUGGACUGUCCCCGAGGGCGAGUUCGACUCCUUCCUGGUCCACUACAAGGACAGGGGAGGGCAGCUCCAGGUGGUGCCGGUGGCAGCAGACCAGCAUGAGGUCACCAUUCCCGGCCUGGAGCCCAAUAGGAAAUACAAGUUUCUGCUCUAUGGCCUGACAGGCCGCAAACGGCUGGGCCCUGCCUCUGUGGAGGGCACCACAGCCCCCCUGGAAAAGACGCCACAGCCCCGCCUCGGUGAACUAACAGUGAAGGGAGAGACCGCUGACUCUCUGCGCCUCUCGUGGACGGUGGCCCAGGGCCCUUUUGACUCCUUCCUGGUCCAGUACAGAGACAGGGAUGGGCAGCCCCAGACAGUGGUCGUGGCUGCAGACCAGAACGAGGUCACCAUAGAGGGUCUGCAGCCACACCGCAAGUACAAGUUUCUGCUCUAUGGGCUGGCUAGAGGAAAGCGCCUGGGGCCCAUCUCUGCCCUCGGAGUGACAGCCCCAGAAGAGGACAUGUCAACCCCAAGCCCCACUGAACCCCCUGAAGCCCCCCGCCUGGGGAUGCUGAAAGUGACAGAGGCAACCCCAGAUUCCCUGCGCCUCUCCUGGAGUGUGGCCCGUGGCCCCUUUGACUCCUUUGUGGUCCAGUACCAGGACACAGAGGGACAGCCCCAAGCCCUGCUUGUUGAUGGGCACCAGGACAAGGUCCUCAUCUCAGGCCUGGAGCCCAGCACCUCCUACAAGUUCCUCCUCUAUGGCCUCCGUGAAGAGAUGCGCCAUGGGCCUGUCUCUGCAGAGGGUACCACAGGUCCAGUUCCUGCUGGUCAGACCCCAGGGGACCCGGGGCCCCGCCUGUCCCAGCUGUCAGUGACGGACAUGACCACUAGUUCUCUGAGGCUAAACUGGGAGGCCCCUCUUGGUUCCUUUGACACCUUCCUAAUACGCUUUGGGGUCCCCUCACCAAGCACCCUGGAGCCGCAUCUCCGUCCUCUGCUGCAGCGAGAGCUGAUGGUGCCGGGGACGCUGCGUUCAGCUGUGCUUCGGGACUUACAUCCUGGGACCCUGUACAGCCUCACUCUGUAUGGGCUGCGUGGGCCGCACAAGGCAGACAGCAUUCAGGGCACUGCCCGCACCCUCAGCCCAGUUCUGGAGAGCCCCCGUGACCUGCAAUUCAGUGAAAUUGGGGAAACAUCAGCCAGAGUCAACUGGGUGCCGCCACCAUCCAGGGUGGACAGCUUCAAAAUUUCCUACCAGCUCGCAGAUGGAGGAGAGCCACAAAGUGUGGUAGUGGACGGCCGGACCCAGACCCAGGUCCUCCAGGGGUUGAGCUCAGACACUCGCUACGAGGUGACUGUGGUCUCCGUCCGUGGCUUCGAGGAGAGUGAGCCUCUCACAGGCUUCCUCACGACAGUUCCCGAUGGCCCCACCCAGCUGCGUGCACUGAACUUGACUGACGGAUCCGCCCUUCUGCACUGGAAACCCCCCCACAAACCUGUGGACGAGUACAACGUCCAGGUCGCAUCCCCUGGGGCCCCACCCCUGCAGGCCUCAGCACCCGGCAGCGCUGUGGACUACCCGCUGACAGACCUGGCGAUUGACACUAACUACACGGCCACCGUGCGUGGUCUCCGAGGCCAGAACUUCACCUCGCCAGCCAGCAUUACCUUCACCACAGGGCUGAAGGCCCCCCAGGACUUGGAGGCCAAGGAAGUGACCCCUCGCACGGCCCUGCUCACUUGGACUGAGCCCGAAGUCCCACCCACAGGCUACCUGCUCAGCUUUGACACCCCUGGAGGACAGAUUCAGGAAAUCCUGCUUCCAGCAGGAACCACCUCCCACCGGCUUCUCCGCCUCUUCCCUUCCACCUUCUACAGAGCCCAGCUGCGGGCUGUUUGGGGCGAGAGCCUCACGCCCCCUGUGUCCACUUCCUUUACUACAGGUGGGCUGCGGGUCCCCUUCCCCCGUGACUGUGGGGAGGAGAUGCAGAACGGGCCCAGCACCUCAAAGACGACCACCAUCUUCCUCAACGGCAACCGCGAGCGGCCUUUGGAUGUGUUCUGUGAUAUGGAGACCGAUGGAGGCGGCUGGCUGGUGUUCCAGCGCCGCAUGGACGGACAGACAGACUUCUGGAGAGACUGGGAGGAGUAUGCCCAUGGUUUUGGAAACAUCUCCAGGGAAUUCUGGCUGGGCAAUGAGGUCCUACACAGCCUGACGCAGGCUGGAGACUACUCCAUGCGUGUGGACCUGCGGGCUGGAAAGGAAGCUGUGUUCGCCCAGUAUGACUUCUUCCGCGUGGAUUCGGCAACGGAGAACUACCGCCUGCACCUAGAGGGUUACCAUGGCACCGCAGGGGACUCUAUGAGCUACCACAGCGGCAGCGUCUUUUCCGCUCGUGAUCGGGACCCCAACAACUUGCUCAUCUCCUGCGCUGUUUCUUAUCGGGGGGCGUGGUGGUACAAGAACUGUCACUAUGCCAACCUCAACGGGCUCUACGGGAGCACAGUGGACCACCAGGGAGUGAGCUGGUACCACUGGAAGGGCUUCGAGUUUUCAGUGCCCUUCACGGAAAUGAAGCUGAGACCCAGAAACUUCCAGGCCCCCGCCAGGGGCAGCUGAGCCUGUUUCCCACCUCGCUCAUACCCCAGUAUGACUGCCGAGCACUGAGGGGUCGUGCCAGAGAAGAGCCAGUGAGCCUCUACUGCCUAGCUCACCAAGGAGGCCUUCUUUACCACGAUCUCACAGCACCAUGUUUACAGGGGGGAGGGGAGGGGUUAGUAACGGAGCAAUAAAGGA